UCCAUAUGAGCACUACAGAACUAUAGAUUUCCUACAAGUGUGGAGCAUCCGAUUCAUUCAGACUCAUCAGGAUCAGAGUUGAUCUGCAGCAGUUCAUUCAGAAGGGAAGAGCCAUGUUGGAUUCAUCAGCCUGCCAUCUGGUGGCCGAAGGUUGCCCUCUGAUAUUUCUGCAGCAAAUGGGUAGCAGCGGAAGGAGGCGGGAGACGAACAACAUCCCGGGAGAAAGCAUUCAUCAAGAAGCACCGGCCAUCAUCAAGUAUCGAUUCCGAAGGAAAUGAUUUCAAAGCUCUAAUAUACGAAUUCAUGCCAAGAGGGGACUUGUACAAAUUGCUAUACUCAACAGGAGAUGAUGAAUACUCCUCAAAUUUGAACCACAUUACACUGGCUCAAAGGUUAAACAUUAUGGUUGAUGUAUCAGAUGCAUUGGAAUACCUGCACCAUAGCAACCAAGGAACUAUUGUUCAUUGUGAUCUGAAGCCUAGCAACAUUCUUCUAGAUGAGAACAUGAUAGCUCACGUAGGAGACUUUGGCCUUGCAAGAUUCAAAGUCGAUCCGACAGCAUCAUCUCUCGGUGAUACAAACCCAACCUCUUCGAUUGCAGUACGGGGAACCAUCGGAUAUGUCUCCAGAGUGUGCAGGGGGUGUCCAAGUCUCAACAGCCGCAGAUGUUUACAGCUUCGGAGUUGUUCUCCUUGAAACAUUCAUCCGAAGGAAGCCAACAGAUAACAUAUUUAAGGACGGAUUGAACAUUGCAAGGUUUGCAGAGAUCAACUUCCCUGACAGGGUAUUGGAGAUUGUUGAUCCCCAGAUGCUACAAGAACUGUACCCCGGCCAAGAAACUCCAGAAGCUGUCGAGGUAAAAGGUGCACGAUGUCUGAUCUGUGCGCUUAACAUUGGAUUGUGUUGCACAAUGCCAUCCCCCAGCGAGCGCAUGAGCAUGCAGGAGGUGGCUACCAAGCUGCAUGGGAUCAGGGAUGCAUAUCUUAGAGGAAACUGAAGGCGCGGUUCAGUAAUUUCUGAACAAUUUACCGAAAAGUUAUCAACACUCACAUCACAUAGAAUGUGUGUGCCGGUUGCUGUUUAGUGAGAUCGAUCAUUACUCUUUCGGAUACACACGUGGUGGUUCUUUGUAUUGCGUACGUGACAAAACAAAUAGCAAGGUGCUGCGGUACAUUUUAUGUAGUGUCAGUAGUACUGCUGAUAAAGCAAACUGAAACGUGUUUGCUAGUUUGCUUUUACAACAUAUAUGUAUUUGUUCCAGUGCUUACCCUGAAGAAGAUAA